AUGGCGUCUGUUAAAGAGCUGCUCGUGGACUCAUUGAAGGAGCUUGUAAAAGCUCAACUGAAGGAGUUUCAUUGGCGCUUAAUGAUUGCAUAUCAUAAGUGUAUAUCAAAGUCUGAAAUGGAAAAGGCAGAUAUAUUCGACACAGUGGAAAAGAUGGUAACAUGUUUCGGAUCAAAAGAAGCUGUGAAGAUCACAGUGGACAUCCUGAGAAAGAUGAACCAGAAUGAUCUGGCUGAAGAGUUGGAGAAUGAACAUAAGCAAGCUCAGGCUAAGGGCAAUAUGAAGACACCUGUCCCUGUUGGAGAACUGCAAAACUUCUUGAAAACUCACAAAAACAACAUGAAGAAGAAAGCAAAAUGUAUUUUUGAGGGCAACAAAGACAACGACACAGAUCUCAUGGCUGUUUACACAGAACUGUUCAUCACAGAGGGAGAUAAGAAAGAUGUCAAUCAUGAACAUGAGAUUCUGAAGAUUGAUGAAGCUUUCAAGUACAAAAAAACACAGGACAAACUAAUCAAAUGCAAUGAUAUAUUUACUGAGUUGAGGAAAAACAAUGAGGAGAAGAUUGUGCUGACCAAGGGAGUCGCUGGCAUCGGAAAAACUGUCUCUGUGCAGAAGUUCAUCCUGGACUGGGCAGAAGAAAACACCAAUCAGGAUAUAGAAUGUGUGUUCCUGCUUCCAUUCAGAGAGAUCAACGUGAUUAAAGAUAAAGAGGUCAAUCUCCAUGAGUUUCUGAUGAAAUUUUAUCCUGAAUUGAAGGACCUGGAGAAAUCAAAGUUAUAUAAGGAAUGUAAGCUUGUGUUUAUAUUUGAUGGACUUGAUGAGAGUCGACUGCCACUGAACUUUAAAAGCGACACACUGGACACUGUUGAGGAAAGAGCAUCUGUAGAUGUGCUGUUCAAAAGUCUGGUGAAAGCUAAGCUGCUUCCAUCAGCCCUCGUCUGGGUGACAUCACGACCAGCAGCAGCCAAUCAGAUCCCUCCUCGGUGUGGGGGUUUGUUCACAGAGGUGCGAGGAUUCACUGAUGAACAGAAGGAGCAGUACUUCAGAAAGAGAAUCACAGAUGAGACUCAAGCCUCCAGAAUCAUCUCACACAUUAAGAUGUCUCGUAGUCUCUACAUCAUGUGCCACAUUCCUCUGUUCUGCUGGAUAGCAGUCACAGUACUUCAGGAUAUUCUCAUUGAAAACAAUGAAGAGAACAUCAGCACAACACUCACUGAAAUGUACAUUCACUUCCUGCUGAUACAGCUGAACAUGAAGAGCCAGAAGUACGAUGAACAAGAAGAAACAGAACGUACAGAGCACUUACAAUUAAAUAGAAAGAUGAUUUUGAAGUUAGCCAAGCUAGCGUUUGAACAGCUGAAGAAGGAAAACAUUGUGUUCUAUGAGAAGGAUCUGAAAGAAUGUGGUAUUGAUGUGAGUAAAGACACUGAGUUCACAGGAAUGAUCGCUGAGAUCUUUAAGAAGGAAAAUGGACUUUAUAAGACAAAGGUCUUCUGCUUUGUGCAUCUGAGUGUUCAAGAGUUUCUCGCUGCAGUGCAUGUGUUCAUCUGCUACCUGAAUAAGAACAUGCAGGAACUUCAGUUUUUCUUUGAAGAUUCACAAACUACAGCCAGACAAAAGAUUCAGUUCUUUAGAAAUGUCAAAUUUCAUGACUUAACAAAGAUGGCCACUGAUAAAGCAAUGCAGAGUGAGAGAGGACAUCUGGACCUGUUCCUGAGGUUUCUGAUGGGAAUUUCACUGGAAUCCAGUCAGAACCUGCUCAAAGGCCUGCUCACACACACUAAAGACACCAGUGUGAGCAUCAGACAAACAACUGAAUACAUUAAAGAAUUAAAAAAACAGGACAUCUCAGAUGAAACUUCAGUCAACCUAUUCUACUGCUUACUUGAACUGAAAGAUCAUUCAUUAUAUGAGGAAAUCCAGAGUUACCUCAGUUCAGAUGAACAUCCAGGAAGAGACCUCUCAUCUUCAAUGUGCGCAGUGUUGACCUCAGUACUGCUGAUGUCUGAGAAGGUGCUGGAUCAGUUCAACCCAAAGAGGUUCACAUCAUCUUCAAACUACACAAGACUCAUUCCAGCUGUGAGAUGCUGCAGAAAAGCCCUAUUUGAUGGCUGUGGUCUUGAUGAAACAUGCUGUGAAACUGUGUCUUCUGCUCUACGAUCAUCAAACUCUCAUCUGACAGAGCUGGACCUGAGUAACAAUCACCUGCAGGAUUCAGGAGUGAAGCUGCUUUAUGAUGGAUUAAGGAGUCCACAUUGUCGACUGAACAUCCUGAGGUUUGACAUUCACAUUAACUGA